AUGUUCCUGUGCCCCAUUACCCAGGAAGUGAUGAAGGACCCGGUGAUGGCAGGGGACGGGUACACCUAUGAGCGGCUGGCCAUAGAGAGCUGGCUGGUCAACCACGCGACCAGUCCCAUCACAAACAGCAAACUGCCCCACAAGCACCUCAUCGCCAACCACAGCCUACGCUCAGCCAUCAUGGAGUGGCAGCACAAGCAUGGCACGCAAACCUGA